GGUGCCCUGACCGUGGGCGCCGCCGCAGGCACCUGGGCGAGGCAUCCAGCAUCCCGGCAGCGGCUGCUCGGGGCCGAUCGGGACGCCGGGACCCCGCAGGAGCGCACCCCCGCUGCCGCUCCCGCCGCCUCCCUUCGCUCCUCCUUGACGCGCGGUCCUCCUCCGUCCCCUCCCUCCUCCCACCCCGGAGGAUGCGCUCCCCCGCGCCCAGCGGCACAGGCCACCGCUCCCAGAAAUGCGUGUGCCCGAGCCACUUCGCCCCGACCCGCGGAGCCCGCGCCCCCGCCCAGUAGGAAUAUGACUCACUGAUUUAAAAGGAAGUUUCCCAAUCCUUUGCACUUUUGGCUGUGUAUUAUGGAUACUAAGGAAGAGAAGAAGGAACAGAAGGAACGGAAACAGAGUUAUUUUGCCCGACUAAAAAAGAAAAAACAAGCCAAACAAAAUGCAGAGAUAUCCUCAGCUGCAGCCACAAGGGUCCAUCCUGGGAAAGAAGAUGCUAAUUCGGUCACUUUGGAACAAGACAAGUCCAACACUGCAGUGGAGGGGGAAUAUAGCACUGAUGAGAAAAAGAAGAGAAAAAACAAUCAGCUAAAGGAAAUCAGGCGCACGGAACUCAAGAGGUACUACAGUAUUGAUAACAAUCAAAGCAAAACCCAUGACAAAAAAGAGAAGAAGAUGGUGCAGAAGCCGCAUGGCACCGUGGAAUACACUGCCGGAAGCCAGGACACCCUCAACUCUGUCGCACUGAAGUUUAACAUCACUCCCAAUAAACUAGUGGAACUGAACAAACUCUUCACACACACCCUUGUCCCGGGCCAGGUCCUGUUUGUGCCAGAUGCCAAUGUCCCUUCUAGUACCUUACGGCUUUCGUCAUCCACCCCUGGUGCUACUGUCUCUCCGUCGUCAUCAGAUGCAGAAUAUGAUAAGCUGCCUGAUGCUGACUUAGCAAGAAAGGCCUUAAAACCCAUCGAAAGGGUGUUAUCUUCGACUUCCGAGGAAGAUGAGCCAGGUGUUGUGAAGUUUCUCAAGAUGAACUGUCGGUAUUUCACUGAUGGAAAGGGUGUGGUUGGAGGCGUCAUGAUUGUCACCCCUAACAAUAUCAUGUUUGACCCUCAUAAGUCUGACCCCUUGGUGAUUGAAAACGGGUGUGAAGAAUAUGGUCUCAUCUGCCCCAUGGAAGAGGUUGUCUCCAUUGCCCUGUACAACGACAUUUCCCACAUGAAGAUCAAAGAUGCUCUACCAUCCGACCUACCUCAGGAUCUUUGUCCUCUGUACAGGCCUGGAGAAUGGGAAGACCUGGCUUCAGAGAAGGAUAUCAAUCCAUUCAGUAAAUUCAAAUCCAUCAACAAGGAAAAACGACAGCAGAAUGGGGAGAGAGCCGUUGCUUUAGAUCCCAAUUCCGUGGACUCCGCCGAGGAACCCACAGAAUGUACACAUCCAAAGCCCCAGGAUAGCUCCGAGUCAUGGAAAUUAAAGAAACUGGAACCUUCCAAGGGAACAGCCCACGCGUCUCCCUCAGUGACGCAGCUCAGCAAGGGACACUCCGAUUCCCACGCUGCCUUGGGACCUACAGCCAAAGAAAACUGUCUUUUAGGAGAAGACGAGGACUUCGUGGACUUGGAAGAACUUUCUUCUCAGCCUGGGAGUGGAAUGGACAAAGGAGACACUACAAAGGAAUGUUUUUCCUUUGACCAAACGACGGGAGAGCUCCUAACUAUCACGUCUGCAAAGAAAAUGCAGGUGCAGUCAGCCCCGAACUUCACCGGACUAGAGAAUGAUGCUGAAUUGAAGGGGGCCCUGGAUUUAGAGACCUGCGAGAAGCAAGAUAAAGCGCUAGAAGGGGACAAGCAGCCUGGAUCCCCAGAAAACCAGGAGGAAAACACGCUGAAGAUACACGAAGAUCUCGAUAAAGUUAAGCUCAUUGAAUUUUACCUAAAUAAAAACAAAGACGGGUCACAGCUCUCUGAAGCUGUCCGGAAGUCAGAACUAAGCGAGACCAAAGGUGAUAAACCGGGAGGGAUAGACAUCAUGCUUAGUAGCUCUCUUCCCCAAGCAGGUGAUUCCCUACCUGAGAGCAACCAAGAGCCAGGUGCAAUCUGGGUGAAAGAGCGCGAGAGACUGUCCUCAAAACUGGAUCCCGGUGCAGAGGAAACUGGGAUUAAUAAUAAAGAGGCUCUGGGUUCUUUGGAAUUAUCUCUAGACAAGAGCUGCCAAGGCGCACAAAUGGAUAACAAAUCUGAGAUUCAGUUAUGGCUGCUAAAGCGAAUUCAGGUACCCAUUGAAGAUAUACUUCCCUCCAAAGAAGAAAAGAGCAAGACCCCACCCAUGUUUCUAUGCAUCAAAGUGGGAAAACCAAUGAGAAAAUCCUUUGCCAGCCACACCACCGCCAUGGUCCAGCAGUACAGCAAGAGAAGAAAGCAGCCUGAGUACUGGUUUGCUGUUCCCCGGGAGAGGGUGGAUCACUUGUACACCUUUUUUGUUCAAUGGUCUCCUGAUGUCUACGGGAAGGAUGCCAAGGAGCAAGGCUUUGUGGUGGUGGAGAAGGAAGAACUAAACAUGAUCGACAAUUUCUUCAGCGAGCCGACUACCAAGAGCUGGGAGAUCAUCACUGUUGAGGAGGCAAAACGCAGGAAGAGCACGUGCAGCUACUACGAGGAGGAGGACGAGGAAGAGGAGGAGGGACUGCCCGUCUUGCAGCCCCACAGUGCGCUCCUGGAGAACAUGCAUGUCGAGCAGCUGGCCCGACGCCUUCCAGCUAGGGUACAAGGCUAUCCGUGGAGGCUGGCCUACAGCACAUUAGAGCAUGGAACCAGCUUGAAAACUCUCUAUAGGAAAUCAGCAUCAUUAGAUAGUCCUGUUCUGCUGGUCAUCAAAGACAUGGACAACCAGAUAUUUGGGGCGUAUGCCACUCAUCCCUUCAAGUUCAGUGACCACUAUUACGGCACUGGCGAAACUUUUCUCUACACCUUUAGCCCUAAUUUUAAGGUCUUUAAGUGGAGUGGAGAAAACUCGUAUUUUAUCAAUGGAGACAUUAGUUCUUUAGAACUUGGUGGUGGAGGGGGGCGGUUUGGUCUGUGGCUAGAUGCUGAUUUAUACCACGGACGCAGCAACUCUUGCAGCACUUUUAAUAAUGAUAUCCUUUCCAAAAAAGAAGACUUCAUCGUUCAGGACCUAGAGGUGUGGACAUUUGAGUGAAAUUCAGGCUGCCUUAAAACAGAACAUUAAGAAGACUGGGUUAGCUUAGCCCUCAUCCUAGAAGACGAGCCCCAGCCCUGGCUGCCCCAUCCCACAGCGAUGCUUUCUUUCUGCCAUCAUCUCAGAACCUGAUAACAAUGCAGAAAGAUUCUGAAAGGUACCUGCGGAGGGCAGACACUGAAGACAGAAUGUUGAAGUCAAAAACAACAACAACAACAACAAAAAGACUUUGUACUUCCACUGCUUUCAAACCCACACCAUGAGAAAUCAGAGUGUUUAUAGAUGUAUGAGUUGAUUGCAAUUUUUAUUUUUGGUAACUGUGAAAAAAAAAGAUACUGUGGAGAUAUAUACCUGCCUUGUGUAUUUAUCAGCAUAAUUUUACCAAAUAUAUAGUUAUUGUUUGCCAUGGGAAGCUGAAUCUGAUUUAGAGAAAUUGAAAGGACAUAGCACUUAAAGGGGAUAUCUGAUUUUUUAAACUUUUAUUUAUUAUUCCUAGUAUGUUGUCUGAAAUAUGUUGAUAUUUUUUCUUUCAAUGUGUCAAAUCCAGAAAUAAAGAAAUGUAUACGUUUUGUGCUAUGUUUGGGGAACAAGUCUCUUUUGAUUUGUAUAGUUUUGUAUUCAUUUUUUUUGCCCUGAUUAUUUAGGGUGGCAUAGUCUUUAUUUCUUAAUACUGUGUGUGUAUGUGUGUGUGUAUUUGAGUGAAUUUUCAACAGCUCAUUACCAAUGUUCUUUGAUUGAUUAUUAGAGACCAUCUUUUCAUUUAGUUUUGAAGGUACACUUUGACACCCUAAGCAUUUGUGUAAAGCAGAAUGUGGCAUUUCUCACUGUUGUAAGUUGGUGUUUAUUAAAAUGGAAAUCAUGAAAAUGAGUGUACAACAAAUCCUACUUCUGAAAAGAGAAGGUCUUGCAUCUUGCGAAAUUGUGUAUCAAUAAUAGUAACUUAGUAUCUUAGUUUUUUCUUUUUUUCUUGUUUUGACAGUUUUCUUUCAUGUGUUUACAUUACUGAGUAGCCCUCUGUUUUAAAAGGGAGUGUUUAAUUUCUGCAUUUUUCAUGUCAGAUGAAAGAUGUCAAGUUGGACCAGUUUUCUUGGUUUCUGGAAUCUUAUUGGAGAAAAAAACAAUGCAAAGAAUAACAGUCAUAUCACAAUUGAAGGAAAACCUAUUUUUUAAAAUGUAAACUCAUUUUCACAUUAUACGACAUCUUUUAUUUUAAAUAGUAAGAAAUAAAAUCAUUAUCGCUAUUGAUUACCACCCCCUUAUGCAAGCCAAAGACUACUAAUGGGAAGAAAAUUAAAAAAUAGCCAAAGCUGACAAGUAGUCUACCACAAAUUAUUUCCCAUUGAUCUUUGAAAGAAAAAUUAACAAACUAUGUUUACAUAUCUGUUUCCACUCGAAAAUUUUUCUUUAAAUCUUUCUUCCAUUUAGACUCCUUGUAAAAACAAACAAACAAACAAAAAAACACUUAUCAGUGGCCUCUGUCGACCACUCAUUGUUAUACACACUGCCUUUCCAUGCUGGUUUAAGUGAAUGCUAUAAAAUUUUAAAUCUGUACACCCAAGUGUACACCCAUUGAGAACUCUUGGUUAAAAACACGUAAUUUGACCUUGGUCUGCUUACCAUGAGUUGGUAAGAUCCCAGGAAUGUCUUGUGGUGAUGACGUUCACCGUUAAGGCAUCUGUAAUCAUAUGCUGUUAAUGAACAAGAUGGUCCCUUUGCCUAUAGAUCACUCUUACCGACUUUAGUCUAAGACGUUAUACUCGUGAGGGAAGAACCAGAUGCUGUAUUCCCUACUUAAAACAGUAUUGUCUGAACAGGAAUGUAUGAUCCCUCAUUAUGGAUAUCAACUACGUGUAAUGCAGUGCUAUUCCAAUAUUUUCAAUAAAGGAGUUCAUUCAUUCA